AUGCUGAGUCUUCCAGUAGAGCGCUCCGUUGUCUCAGAACUGCUGGGUAAGCUCUCUGACGCGGAACUGUUUGAUGAGCGGCACGCACACGCGCGUGAGAACAUUACUGCGCUUUUCCGCGAGUGUCUGCGUAUUUGGCAAGAGGAAGGAGGCAGCCAUCAGCUGCAUGCGCUCGACAUGCUCUUUGCGAUUGCAUACGCGGUCCUUCCCCGCACCUUUGCAAACUAUACCCUGGAUGUGAUCACCAUCUUAGCUGGCCGCAUGUCUGACGCCGAUGAGGUAUUUUGUGCGCUCGUCACGGCAAUCGAUGAUACCCUGCGCCAAGCCACGGACGCGACCAAUGCAAAGCUGCAGCGCGGUGCGAUCCGUCUCGCGCUCAUGCUUGUUGCUUUUACAGGACACACGUCCCUCUCUACCUACUAUCUGCACCGCGAUAUAUUUACGAGUGCGAUGCACAUUGUGCACACCAACACUUCGGUGGAUGUGAUCAGUGAGGCAUCCCUAUUGCUCAGUUUACUUUGCACCACAGGCCAGACGCACGGAAUUACUAGCGCCGCAGGGCUGGGACAAGAUCCGGUUUCCAGCGCAGUCAUUAGCAACGCGGGCUUUCAGCCGUACUACCGCAAGCUAUGCCGCUAUGUAGACUCGACGGAUAUGGCCAGAAUCGCGCACGCCAUUUCCGUCCAGUUUGGGCGCACCGUACAAGACUACCGCAUAAAACCAGACCAAAGUCUCUGGCGCUUUUUUUCCCAAAGCGACACGAAUCCCGCCCAAGGACGAGAGGCAAAUCUGCCUCCACCGCGGAUCGUCUACCUCGUCUGUGCAUGGCUGCUGGUCCAUAUAUCUGAGACGUUUAUGCAAGGUACACUGGAGCCGCCCACAGGCGAGCCCUUGGUGGUGAAUUUGUUUACGCUCUCUUCAUACCUGCUCACCUAUGCGUCGAAUUCGGGGCGUGCAAGUGCGUACGCCAAUACGGCCCUCCAAGUGAUUGUCGCGCUGCUCGGAUCGACCGACAUAUCGGAGAAAAGGACGGUCCGCGAUCGGCUCCUGCUCGACGAAGUGCAGCGCUCCGAGUAUCAUAUUGAGCGCGGGCGCAAGUGCCAAAGCAUUCUUGUGGACCGCGUCGAGCUGUGCCGGCAGCGUGCGAACCCACUUCCUCUGCCGCCCACAGAGGGCGACAAGCGACCGCGCCGAUCAGUUGUGCUGGUACUAGACAAUGCGUGCAUUUUUCUUAAAUACAACAAGAGCAAGAAACUGGACGGACCAGACCACAUUACUGCUUUCACGGCUAUUCAACGCGUUGUGAUCCUUUGCGCACAGGCCGAUGUGCUUUUGGAGUACGAUUGGCGGGAGCUUUGGCAAGCUCUGCUGAGCACUGCAGCCUUCCUCACGCUCCGGUUCAACGAGCUCGGUAUCCGUGAAGAAGUCGCGCGUGUCGGACAGAGUCUGCUUGAUACGCUUGCAGUUUUGCUUGUGUAUUCGGAAAAGUAUUUGCAGAAGACCGCCGAAGUGCACUCGCUUCUCUACGAACUUGCGCGCAAUUCCGACGUGCUUCAUCGGCUUGCACUCUCAGUCCAGGCUGCUACAAAGAAAGGGAGUAUACCACGCAACGCACUUGCUGCAUGUUCCUGGCCAUGGUUGCAAGAAGUGCUGCACACGGUGGAUGCAAAAAUUGAGGCAUGGCGCGAAACGCCGCCGUCGGCCUCCUAUUUGUUCUCGCGCUCCGCUGCGAAGCGCGUCGCGAGCCCUGCAGUCAUACUGCAAAUCAUUCAGUCGCUGGACUUGUCGACUCUCUUGCAUCCCGAGGCACCUGCGUGUGCAGCGGUCUUAUCCGCCUCAAAACGCUCCACCGGCCGCCGCGACGACAAAAGGAUGGGCGCCCCGAGCCCAAGUGCAGUAUUAUUGCGCUUUUUACAGCAGGACUUGCUUUCCAUGCUCAUAUAA